AUGUCCGACGAUGAGGAUCGCGUUACCAUGCCAUUCAAGUUCGUGACAGGCUUCGACGCCCGCUUUCCGAACCAGAACCAGACCAAGCACUGCUGGCAAAACUACGUCGACUACCACAAGUGCAUCCUCGCCAAGGGUGAAGACUUCAAGCCUUGCCGCCAGUUCUAUCUUGCCUACCGGUCUUUGUGCCCGGCAUCUUGGAGCCAGAGGUGGGAUGAUCAGAGAGAGAACGGCACCUUCCCAACAAGAUUGGAUCAAUAG